UUUUCUCCUUCAUAUUUCUCGCACAAUAUUAACUGAGACUACUCGACGCUAGAUGCAAAGCCAAACUCUCUCUCUUGCUCUCUCUCGCGAUUAGAGCUUUGAUCACCUGGAUCUUUAACUAUUACGAUCUACAAAAAUGCCUCUCAGACUUGAAAUUAAGAGGAAACUUGCUCAAAGAUCAGAGAGAGUAAAAUCUGUGGAUCUACAUCCAACAGAACCAUGGAUUCUAGUGAGUCUUUAUUCAGGGACUGUUUGUAUCUGGAACUACCAAUCUCAGACUAUGGCAAAAUCUUUUGAGGUCACAGAGUUACCAGUUAGAUCAGCUAAGUUUAUUGCACGAAAGCAGUGGGUUGUUGCUGGAGCUGAUGACAUGUUUAUCCGUGUGUACAACUACAAUACAAUGGAUAAGAUUAAAGUGUUUGAGGCACAUACAGAUUACAUUAGAUGUGUUGCUGUCCAUCCUACCCUUCCAUAUGUCCUGUCAUCAUCUGAUGAUAUGCUCAUCAAGCUUUGGGAUUGGGAGAAGGGUUGGGUGUGUACGCAGAUAUUUGAGGGACAUUCCCAUUAUGUGAUGCAAGUGACCUUUAAUCCAAAGGACACAAACACUUUUGCAAGUGCAUCCCUUGAUCGUACCAUAAAGAUUUGGAAUCUUGGCUCUCCCGACCCAAAUUUUACUCUGGAUGCCCAUCAGAAAGGAGUAAAUUGUGUUGAUUACUUUACUGGCGGUGAUAAGCCUUAUCUAAUUACUGGUUCUGAUGAUCACACUGCUAAGGUGUGGGACUAUCAAACCAAAAGUUGUGUCCAGACACUAGAAGGCCAUACUCAUAAUGUCUCUGCAGUAUGUUUCCAUCCAGAACUUCCUAUAAUAAUCACUGGUUCUGAGGAUGGGACAGUUCGCUUGUGGCAUUCAACAACUUACAGGCUCGAGAACACAUUGAAUUAUGGUCUUGAAAGAGUUUGGGCUGUUGGAUACAUGAAAGGCUCACGUCGCAUUGUGAUUGGUUAUGAUGAAGGAACCAUUAUGGUCAAAAUUGGUCGAGAAGAACCUGUGGCUAGUAUGGAUAACAGUGGAAAGAUUAUAUGGGCUAAACACAAUGAAAUUCAAACUGUGAACAUUAAGAGCGUGGGAGCAGAUUUUGAGGUUACUGAUGGAGAAAGGUUGCCUUUGGCUGUCAAGGAGUUGGGAACAUGUGAUCUUUAUCCACAAAGUUUAAAGCACAAUCCCAAUGGGAGAUUUGUUGUCGUCUGUGGGGAUGGUGAGUACAUCAUAUAUACAGCUUUAGCAUGGAGGAAUAGAUCAUUUGGUUCUGCACUGGAGUUCGUUUGGUCAUCGGACGGAGAAUAUGCUGUCAGAGAGAGUACAUCAAAGAUUAAAAUUUUUAGUAAGAAUUUCCAGGAAAAGAGGAGUGUUCGACCAACAUUUUCUGCUGAGCGUAUUUUUGGAGGAACUCUGUUGGCAAUGUGUGCAAACGACUUCAUUUGUUUUUAUGAUUGGGCUGAAUGCAGGUUGAUUAGGAGGAUUGAUGUUACUGUAAAAAAUCUUUAUUGGGCUGAUAGUGGUGAUUUGGUGGCAAUUGCUAGUGACACAUCAUUCUACAUCCUCAAGUACAAUCGCGACUUAGUUUCAUCUUAUUUAGACAGCGGGAGACCUGUGGAUGAACAAGGUGUUGAGGAUGCCUUUGAGCUUCUUCAUGAAACCAAUGAGCGUGUUAGGACUGGUUUAUGGGUUGGGGAUUGCUUUAUUUAUAACAACUCUUCCUGGAGACUUAAUUAUUGUGUUGGAGGAGAGGUAACCACAAUGUAUCAUUUGGACCGCCCGAUGUACUUGUUGGGAUAUCUUGCUAGUCAAAGUCGGGUGUAUCUAAUAGACAAGGAGUUUAAUGUUAUGGGGUACACUUUACUUCUUAGCUUAAUUGAGUACAAGACUCUUGUGAUGCGUGGGGACCUGGAAAGAGCCAAUGAACUUUUGCCUUCAAUUCCUAAAGAGCAUCAUAAUAGUGUGGCUCGUUUCUUGGAAUCACGUGGUAUGAUAGAAAAUGCUCUGGAGGUAGCUACAGAUCCUGAUUACAAAUUUGAGCUAGCUAUACAACUUGGCAGACUUGAGAUUGCUAAGGAAAUUGCCACAGAAGUACAAAGUGAAUCAAAAUGGAAGCAGUUGGGAGAAUUAGCUAUUUCUACUGGAAAGUUAGAAAUGGCUGAGGAAUGUAUGAAGCGUGCAACAGACUUGAGCGGUUUGUUGCUUUUAUAUUCUUCUCUAGGAGAUGCUGAAGGGAUUUCAAAACUAGCACCUCUGGCAAAAGAGCAAGGGAAGAACAAUGUUGCAUUCCUCUGUUUGUUUAUGUUGGGCAAAUUGGAAGAUUGCCUCCAGAUUUUGGUUGAAAGUAAUCGGAUACCUGAAGCUGCUUUAAUGGCUCGAUCCUAUCUUCCAAGCAAGGUUCCAGAGAUUGUAGCACUUUGGAGAAAAGAUCUAAACAAGGUUAACCCAAAAGCUGCAGAAUCUUUGGCCGAUCCUGAUGAGUAUCCAAAUUUGUUUGAUGAUUGGCAAGUUGCUUUGUCUGUUGAAACUCGAGUUGCAGAGACAAGGGGUGUUUAUCCUCCCGCAGAGGAAUAUUUAAACCAUGCUGACAGAACAAACAUAACUCUUGUGGAGGCUUUCAGAAACAUGCAAGUAGAAGAACCUCUUGAAAAUGGAGAUUAUGAUCAUGAGGCUGCAGAGCAAAAUGGAGAAGAGCAGAUAAUAGAAGAGCACAAUGGUGAAGAAGGGAGCCAAGAGGAGGCUGUUGUGGUGGAUGCUGAUUCUACGGAUGGUGCGGUACUCGUCAAUGGAAACGAGGCUGAGGAAGAGUGGGGUACGAAUAAUGAAGGAACCCCGUCAGCCUAAAAGCAGUUGGUUGGGGCAGUGUGAAAAUCCAAAUUUUGUCUCUGUGCUUACGCCACAUAACUAGGUGAUCUUGAAGGCAAUUGGUUCCAGCUGUGUUAGUCCCCUUACUUGAGGUGAGAAAAGCUUCCUUAGAUAGUAGUGAGUAGCUCAAUUGAAAAUUGAGCAUCAGUGCAUGCAACCAUUCUGUAUUUGUUGGAAAAUACUGGAGAAAUUCAACAGGAAAUGAGUUACCCGAAGGAUGAGCUUGUGACCAUCAUAAGAUUGGAAUUUUGUAUACAUUAGGUGUGACUUGCAAUGAUUAUCCUGUGCAUGGAGCACUUCACUACCUUCUGUACCUGAAAUGGAUUUGUAUUUUACAAUUAGCCACAAGUUUCCGCUCUGAUUUGGGUGAUUACAUAAAGUAGGGUUGACAAUUAAAUUUUUUGUAGAGCAUUUAAAUAUGGAUUAAAUUCAUUACCUUUUCUUA